CAGCGCGGCCCGCGGCGUAGCCUAGCUUUCCCAGUCCUUUGGCUGGAGUUCAGCCAAUCCCGGCGCUCCGAAGGAGCCGGCGCCGGUGAGCGGGGUCCCGGGGCGAGGCCCCGCGGGUUCCUGGAAUUGGCGACGUUGGUGCCCCCGGUGCGCCAGUGGAGGGCGGGAGCCCGACGGAGGAGUGCGGGCUGCGGCGCAGAUGUCAUGUGGCCUGUGCUUUGGACCGUGGUGCGUACCUAUGCUCCCUAUGUCACAUUCCCUGUGGCCUUUGUGGUCGGGGCUGUGGGCUACCACCUGGAAUGGUUCAUCAGAGGGAAGGAUCCCCAGCCUGUGGAGGAGGAGAAGAGCAUCUCAGAGCGCCGGGAGGACCGCAAGCUGGAUGAGCUGCUAGGCAAGGACCACACCCAGGUGGUGAGCCUUAAGGACAAGCUGGAAUUUGCCCCUAAAGCUGUCCUGAACAGAAACCGACCGGAGAAGAAUUAACAAAGGACACAGGGCCCUAUGGGUCCUUCAGUGGGCCUUGUCUGGCCCUGCCACCAUGUCGACUCAGCUCUAGAACCCACAUCUGAUUUGCUUUAUCGCUUCUGGCCCCUCUCGCCCCACACAGCCACACACUCUGGCUGCUCUGCUGUGGCCAGGCAGAUGCGCUGGUAGCUGAGGGGCCAAUGAAGAGGAAGGCUCACGAGGGUUCCAGCCUGAAAGUUGCAUCUGCUGGUUGGUGGCCACCGCUGCUCAGGCUUCUUCGCUGCUGGGUGCACCACUGGGAGGAGUUAUGAGAUGAACACUGGCUCUCAGUCCCUUCGGGGAAGCAGUUCAGCCCCAAGGGGGAGUGGCUGGGAUUGGGGGUUGUCUUUAGGAGGGAUACCUACAUGUCUAGUUCCAGUUUGCACUGGGAGGAGGUCACGGAUCUGCCUGGCUCCCUUCACUAGCUUGACCUGUCUUUUGUGCUCGUUCUCCCUCCAGUCCUGGCCUAGCACUCAGGCAGGGAUUCCCCUGGGAAGGAAAGCCCUUUCGUUCUUGGGAGCCCAGGCUGUUCACCUUGGGGCAUGUGACUUCGCUUGAAAACAGUCACUACCUUUCACCCCCCCAUCACUGUUCAGUGCAAAACUUGAUUAAAGUGGUGUCUGAGAACCA